UGCCAAAAUCUAUCAUGACGGACAUUAUGGGUCCUUGAGGUCUAUUUGUUCCUUUAUAGUUCUUCCUUCCUAUACCCAACCUGUCCUACCGGAGGAACAAUAAUAGAAAAAGGUAGAAAACACUGAAGUGGCUCAACAGCUUCGCUAAAAAAGGGAUAUGGGCGUGUUCCCCCGUAGGGUUUUAGGUCUAAGCACAUGGCUGUGUCCAGAAGAUGAUAGGCGUGGCAAGAUAUCACCUGGAUAGACCAUUCCAGUAUUUUCCAUUGGGUUGAGCGUUUAUUUUAGAUUUUUAACUUGGCACACGAUAGAACAAGGCAGCACUUCCAUUAGGACAUAAGUCGAUUGGGACACCUGGCUUGUGGAAGGCCUAUUUUUGAAUUAAUUAGGUGUGUCUAUGGACAAGUGACAUGAUGCAAAAGGACUCUUUGUCUCACAAUUUCACCAAAUGAUAGGCAAUAAUCACAGGGUUCCAUCACCGAACCCAUAUUCCACUACCACGAGACCAUCCGAUAUUGGAGUUUUAUUGAACCAUGAGUAGGCACAAGUCAGUUUUAAAGUUUAUCAUCGUUACAACCUUGAUUCUUUUCUUGGCCUACUUCACCCUCACCCCUGCGUCUGUCAGGUAUUCGGAGGGGCUUGGAGGGACAAUUGUCCCAAUUUUCUCAGGGGGAAAGUUGAAGAUUGACAACACUAUAGAUGCCUCUCUGAAACUUUGGAACAGAACGGACGUCAAGACAUUUACGGAAUGGGGAGCACCUAUCAUCUGGGAGCGCAUUUUUGACCGUGAUGAAUGCGACCGGGAGCACAAGAAAAAACACUCCUCUGUGGCUCUGACUGUUUUCGCUGUAGGAAGGUAUCUAGACGCGUAUCUGGAGAACUUCCUCCUUUCUGCUGAGCUUCAUUUUAUGGUGGCUCUUCCUGUGACGUACUAUGUGUUCACGGACGCUCCUGCCAAAGUGCCCAAACUCCAGUUGGCUGAGGGGCGGAGGUUAAAUAUCAUAGAGGUUCAGAAGCAUUCUCGCUGGCAGGACAUCUCCAUGAUGCGCAUGAGGGCCAUCGCUGACGCCAUCAACGAUAUCCUCCACACGAGCAGUUACGUCUUCUGCUUCGAUGCGGACCAGCUGUUUGUCGGGAGGUUCGGCUCGGAGGCGCUGGGGGAGUCUGUGGCUCUGCUCCACGCCCACUUCUAUCGUUACCCCCGCGAUCUGUUCACCUACGACCGCAACCCCAACUCCACGGCCUACAUGAAGGCUGGAGCGGGCGACUUCUACUACCACGCUGCCGUGUUUGGGGGCACCUGGCAGAACGUCUUGGCGCUGACGGAAAGCUGUUACCGAACCAUCCUGGAGGACAAGAGCCGAGGGGUGGAGGCGCUGUGGCACGACGAGAGCCACCUGAACAAGUACCUGUGGCUCCACAAGCCCAGCAGGGUGCUGUCGCCAGAAUACUGCUGGGACCAGAGCCUCGGACACCCCAGCGACAUCCGGGUCAAGCGGCUGCUCUGGGCUGAGAAGCAGUACGAUAGGCUGAGGGACGCCCCCUAGGGGUUCAGGUGAUCCUGUGGGCUGCUUUGACGUAGCAUGGUGAGGGGGGAUUCAAGGUGUACCGGGAUGCAUCACAUGCAUCUCAUGCGUCUGUAAAAAGUCUCUUCAUAUCACAUUGCAUGCACUUGGCCAACUUGAAUGAGGGGAAUCUGAAGCGUUUCUUCUGUUUUUCACGUUAAGGCUUCUUUCCUUUAGGUAUAAUGGGUUUCUACAGCAGUGGCCUUGAUGCUUGAUGCUACCAAUAACACACUGUGUCUUUAACUUGUGUCUUCAACUUGUGUCUUUAACUUGUGUCUUCAACCUGUGUCUGUGUUUAACUUGUGGGUUCAACUUUGCCUAGCUGGCCCUCGGGUGGAUACUUUGAACCUGUCAGUACUAUCGAAAGGAAGGGAAACCUACGAUAAAAAUAUGUAAAACUAAGCACUUGAAGAAAUACUUAACACUAUUUAAAACAAUUUAUUUAAUGGUAGCUGUUUGAAAAAAUACGCCUCAUCAUCCACUACAAAGAACAUCAACAGAUUGACCUUUAGAAAGGUUCUCUUGGUUCAAAAUGUUUUUAGAACAAGCCUUUGUUUUACUGUUCUGUUUAUAAACUUCAACAUCUAGUUGUUUCUCUGAACAUUUCUAGAAGUACGGCCCGCCAAUUAUGACCAAAGAUGUUCCAGAUGUCAUCUGCACAAAUUAGUCGAGAUGCAUAGUUAGAAGGCAGUAGUCUUUACAAACCUGUUUCAUCUUGGAAUUAAAUGUCAGAUAAUUUAAUCUUCUUUCCUAAUAAAAUGUGACGCAAAAACUCAAUUUGAUAUAUUAUUAAUUGUGUUUAUAAAGAUUCUUAACAUAUA